AUCUUAUCGUUUGGACCGCUUGGUCCUAUCACGGCGUCGUCGGACUCGGUGUCGGCGGCUAACUUUAUAAACGCGAACCACGGCGUCUACGUGGUGGGCGUAGGUGGCGGUUGUGGUGGUAGCGGCGGUGGUGAUUUGUCGGUGUUGGCACGUCUGUCCGACUACUACGUGUACGCGACGCUAAACGCGAAGAAUCAGUUCCGGGCGCCGACGGAGUGGGGUCUCUGCCUGCGGCCGUCCGCAACCGGUGCGGACACGAGGACUGAGGAGGACGAAGUGACGACGCUCGACGUGCUGGACGACAAUCGCUACGAAAACGACGCCGAAGUGGAAAACCGUCACGGCGACAAUAACGUCGGCGGGGGUGGCGACAGUGACAGCGGCGGUGGAGACAAAAGAAUACGCGGUGGCGUCGAAGGAGUGGUUGGUAACGGCGGCGGCGUCGGCGGCGGUGGUGGUGGAGGAGGUAGUGUCUUCGGUGCCGGUAACGGACAACAGCAGCUCCAUUGUCUCGCCUGCGACUCGGAACGAGCACGCACGUGCUGGUUGACCGCCAUGAGACUCGCCAAGUAUGGGAAGCAACUGCGUGAAAACUACAGGGCGUUUAAGAACAAGCAGACUGAAAAUAUUAAUCCAAAGGAAUACAACAGCUAUACCGUACCAAAUGAAUCUGUGCGAUCACGGGUGGCGAUGGACUUCACGGGAUCCGUAGGCAGAAUAGUUGAAGAUCCAAAGGAAGCAAAAGCGAUAGCAGUAGCCGAAGGAUAUUCAUGGAAACGACGGUGGAGACCUUCAACCAGAACAAAUGCCAAUAGUAUUCAGGGAAUCGAUUCAGGUGUGCACAUUACCCAGCCCUGGUUUCAUAGCGGGAUGAGUAGAGAUCAGGCCACGGCAUUAGUUAGCAAAUAUGGAACUGUCGAUGGGGUGUUUUUAGUAAGAGAUAGCCGUUCGAAUCCUGGAUCGUUUGUAUUGACAUACAAAUGCGGAAGUAAGGUGCUCCACGCCCAAAUUAAUCCAAUUCUGGAUCCAGUCAGGGAAGCACAUGUUUUUUCUUUGGACAGUGGCGUCACGAAGUUUUACGACUUAUUGCAAUUGGUAGAAUUUUAUCAACUGAACGCAGGCUGUUUACCGACACGUUUGACGCAUUAUGUAGUCCAAAGUUCAAGUCCUAUUAAUAUUCCGAAUAACAACGUUUCGGCUCCUGCCCCAACGCCUCCAGCGUUACCUGGAAGCUACUGAGGCUAUGGCCAUUAACGGGCAGGAACGCAUACAUAAUAUUAUGUAUUAAUUACUGUCCUGAGCCUUUUUUCAGAUAAUUUUAAGGUAAUGCUAAAAAAAAUAUUCGCUUUUUAUUUGUAAUUCCUACGUGAAAGAACAAUCGAUUGAAAAAAAUAAAUGAUGAACUGAAAAUUAAAUGUUAUAAGAAAUAAUGUUAUAGUUUUUGAAAGUUCAAACAUCGAAAUAAAUUAACCAAAAAGUUUUUGCUGGAUUGAAUCCUUUAAUACUAAAUUAAAAAAAUAUUAAUUUAUUCGUUACAUUACAAUUAUUACUUUCAGAACCAUUUUUUUUCUAGUAGUUAUUUAAAUGUAUACCUACUUUUAUUGAUUGUAUUUUUUUAUUUAAAUGAGAAAAAACGGUAUCCUCAAAAAUUAUUUAUUUCGAUGUUUGGGUUCAUAUAACAAUCAAAGAUCUUUCAAAUCACUUAUUGGGUGUCUAUUAUCUAUGUACUGUAUAUGAUUAUCUACAAUAUAAGAUCUAUUAGCAGAUAAUAAAAUGUGUGUCACUAGGACAAAAAAUAUUACAAUAAAUAAUAAGAGCAUUUACUUAAUCGAUCAAGAUCCAGAGCCGCCAGACGUUACUUAUUUUCUGAGUAACAAAAGGGUGGGAUAGAGUGGUGAUAGUACGUACUUUAGAUGCUAAAGGUACAUAAAACAUCCCUUGCUAUUUUUUACUGGAUUAUACAUUUAAUAUCUAUACUUACAGCUACAUUUAAUUGUGUCUGGGUGAUGUUUGGCCCCCAACAAUUGAUCUAGCUGUAUACAAAAAAUACUGCAAUAGUUCCCUAAGUACCAUAUUUAAAAAUGAAUACUCAGAGUUUAAGUAAAAUUACUAUUUUUUUGCGAACUUUGAAACGCUGCGCUGGUAGAAAUUACCGCCGCGCCGGUGGGAAGUGUCUAGCAGUGUUGAUUAUUAAUUUUUAGCAAUACAACACUACUCUAUCCCUAUCCCACUCAUUUUGUUACUCAGAAAAUAAGUAAUGUCUGGCGGCUCUGGGAUCUUGGACUAUAAUGAACCAAAUUUGUACGUUUCGCUUUGUAGUACAUACAUCCAUUACUAAUUUGUUUAGUUUUGAUAAUUAUUUUUAUAUAUUGCAAAAAAAAAACAAUUGCGAAAGACUUCAGCUGUACAUUAAAUAUUUUUUAGUUAGUACGUAGCGGGUAGUUACAAAUUAAUCAGCUGUUGGAAUGUUUGUUUGUUUGUUAGGUGGUAGA